UUUAUUGGGAUGGGCUGUAUGGUCAUUUGUGAUUUACUAGUUUAAACUUUGCGUUAUUUGAUGAUAACAAAGGUAGCGCUGACUAAUCUCCCUAAAGACAUGUAGAACUUGUAUAUAUGUAAUAUAUGUUCCAUAUUGCUGCUACCGUUGUAAUUUAAAAUUGAGAGGGUCCAUUUGGGAGGUUUAUUGUUGUGUGAUGUUGAUUUUUAUUUCAACACUCACAUAUCUGCAAUUUCCUUAUAAUUUAUUCCGAUAUGUUACUUUUUAUUCUCAUGCUUACAUAUCAUUACUCGUAUUAUUUUUGUUUUACACCUUUUUAUGAAUUUUCAACUGACUCUUGAGUGAAGGAAACUUGCCUUAUUAAAUAUUUCCUGUAUGCUUAUAAAAAAACUUAAAUCUUGCUCUUGUGUGUGUUUAUGUACACACACACACACACACACACACACACACACACAUAUAUAUAUAUAUAUAUAUAUAUAUUACGUAAACUUUUAAAAUAUUCGUUUCCUAGUUAAAGGAAAACUGUAAUGAUUUCUUUAGCUUAAAAGUCGUAGAUGUUUCACUUCGAAUUUUGGAAGAGCGAAUAAUGGGUCAAUUUUCCUUAUCUGUGAUGUGGAACGCUUGCGACACAAUGUUCCAAGGUUACAAGUUUUUCCUAUUGUUUUCAUUUCGAUUGAAAAGACUGCGCAGGCAGGUGUGUAUGUCUUCGUGGAGCUCCUAGGCAUUUUCCAGACUCUAUUUAGAAGCUAUUCACCUAAUUUGAUUGCAACUCGCUUCAUUGGGAUGGAAUUCUUUCUUCUCAUCCUGCUUUCCUUUCAUUUUCCCACUUUUUUUUUUUGUCUCUGUUGUGAGACCUCUAAAGUGAUAUGCUCAGCAAAUUCGCCCCUAUAAUUGGAUUACACUCUAGGACUACUCUUUCUGUGGUGGCUCGUUUGGCCGUGUUCCCGCGAAACUUUGGAUGGCCGGAUUCCGCAUAGGAAGAUGGCAUCAGGUGUUGAAGCUCCUUUAAAAAGUAUAUACCACAUACCUCAUCAGCAAGGACCUCUCACACCAAAUGGAGUUGCACCUGCUGUUACUCUUACUGUCCGUCUUAUCAUGCAAGGGAAGGAAGUGGGGAGCAUUAUUGGAAAGAAAGGAGACAAUAUAAAGAAAUUUAGAGAAGAGAGUGGUGCAAAAAUCAACAUAUCAGAUGGCUCAUCUCCUGAACGGAUAGUCACUGUUACUGGUUGUACAGAAUCUAUCUUGAAAGCUUUCUCUUUAGUUGCUCAAAAAUUUGAAGAUGAUCUCCAAGCUAGUGUCACUGGAACUAACGUCCCCAAACCUCCUGUGACCCUUCGUUUAAUUGUUCCUGCUAGUCAGUGUGGGUCCCUCAUUGGUAAAGGGGGGUCGAAAAUCAAGGAUAUUCGUGAGGCGACAGGAGCAUCUAUACAAGUUGCCAGUGAUAUGCUUCCCAAUUCUACUGAGCGAGCAGUGACCAUUUCUGGUACUGCUGAAGCUUUAACGAAAUGCAUCUAUCAGAUUUGCUGUGUGAUGAUGGAGUCACCACCUAAAGGAGCAACCAUUCCCUAUCGACCAAAGCAAGCUGUGUUGCCUUUAUUGUUUUCAGGUGGUCAAGCCUAUGCUUUGCCUGGACAAUAUGCUCUUCCCCAUCCUGAUCUGAGCAAGCUGCAACAUCUGGCAACCCUUCAGCAUGCCUCCACUGCACCCCUCUUGCCUGGGCACACUACGUCACCUCAAGCAUGGGCUUCAUUAGCAGCUGCAAAUAGUGUUCGUUCACUCAACAGAGCUGCUGUAACACCUAGCUCAACUGCUGAAAUGACUGUUUCAAAUGAACUCAUUGGGUGCAUUAUUGGAAAAGGUGGAACAAAGAUAAAUGAAAUAAGGCAAAUCUCUGGAGCUAUUGUCAAAGUUUCUAACACUGAAGAAGGCUCAAAAGAUCGGACUGUUACCAUAACAGGCAGUCCUGCAGCUGUUAAUUGUGCUCAGUAUCUUAUAAAUGCAAGCAUUGAAAGACACAAGAGUUUAGACCCUAAACCAACACCAGCAUCACCAGCUACAGUGAGUUUUGCACCAUCUUUAGCUGCAGCUCCCCUUAGCCCUUUGGCAGCAGCUUCUCUUGGCCAACUAGUGAAAACCACGCCAUCACCUCUUUCUUUAGGCCUUGCACCAGCAUUUUUGCGAGGAUCUGCAGCAGCUUUAUUUGCAGCUAAUUUCAAGCAAUUUCAAGCUAAGAACCUUUCUUAUAAACUGAGAGCUUCAACAGCAACAACUGGAGGCCUCAAGAAGGAUGAUAGAAACAAGUUUUCCCCUUACUAGAAAAUAAUAUUAAGUAGUACUGAACUGUGUGCCAAAAACAGUUCCUGCUCUUAAACAUGUUAACAGGGUUGCCACAUAUGCUCAGAGCAUUGAUAUUUGUGGCUAUUCACUAAUUCAAAGUUUAAGAACUCGUAUGUACUUAAUAUUUUCUGAAUUUUAUCGAACAGGUGACCAAAAAAAUAAUGAUAGUAAUAAGCCUAUAUUUAAGAAAUUUUUAAUUUCAAUGUCUUUUUCUGAUGUGAUGUCACUUGAAAUAUGGAAUGUUGACAUUCUUGUGUGUAAUACGCAAACAGUUGCAUAAAAUGCUUGAUAAAGAGUGAGUUUGGAUGCAAUCAACUCUUCAGGUUCAAUAAGUGUUUUGACUGACUUAAAAGCAUUGGUUUUUAAUCCCUUCCACCUGACUGCAGAAUUUUUGCAUCAAUGUCUGCAGUCCUUAUUAAGAAGUAAAUCAUCUUCUGUUAACACUUUAAUGUAUUAAUUGUCUUGUAUAUCCUAGUCAAAAAAGUGUUUACUGCACUUUUAUAUCAUUCUGCACUUGUUCUCUUAUUCAUCAUGGUGAUAUUGGCAUAUGCAAGAAUUUUAUUCAUUCAGUGUGCAAUUAUGUGUGUUACUUAUUCCCCUACACCCUAUUUUUGUAGGGUAUUAUAGUAAUGAAUUUCAGUCUGUUUUCAAACUCUCACUUUUUUUAAAAAAAAGCACUGAAAUGUAUUAGCUGCUUUUUCAUGAAAAUAUUCUUUCUUAAAUGUUUAGAAAAUAUAUGAUUAAGUAUAAUUUUAAUGCUGAAGAUGUUUUCAAAAUAUUCAUUCAUUGCUUAGUCUGAUUAGUAACUAUUAUUAGUUUUCCUUUCAUGACUUGAUGAAUGAUUGUGUUUUUCCCAAAUAGUGAUUCUGUUUUGCAUCAAGUAGCAUAGUUUGUUAAUUUUUUUUUUUAAUUAUAUGGCUCCAAUUCACAUAUCAUUCAACUCUUAAAUCAGACCAAAUUUUGCUAUUAUCAACUUUUGCUAUCUUAUUAACUGAAUGUUACUAAUCAUCUAGUCCAAAGACAUGAGUUGUCCCAUGGACUAGUACCCUUGGAGAAUUUUCUAUAUUUGUUGUUGGCUGCAUAUCAGACAAUAUUUUGUGUAGCUUUUGAAAACUCUUGAAAUAUUUUCCUAUUUAAUCCACUUUAAGAUGCUAACAAAAAGUAGAGCUAGAUAUUUUCUGCUCAAUACAUUGUGAUGUUUUCUGGGUAUUAAACAAUUUUGAAGGGGUCCUUUACCGAAAAUGUAGCUGUACUUUUUUUGUUUUAGAAGAUUAAUAAAUUCUUAAUUUUACCGCUUGUUAGAUUAACUCAUGUUAGUCAAUGGCAGUAUCUUAAGGAAGUGUAUAGUUAAAUUUCGUAAAAGAAAGGAUACCAAGUUUAAUUUUAUAUUUAUGAAAUAAAUUUGUUAUCAUUUGUGUUUCUUCUUUCUGUUUUUCUAAUUUUGGAAAAGUGGUUGAGGGUUUUUUAAUUUUGAAUAAUUUUUGAGAUCUAUUAUUAAUUUUAAAAUUUAAAUGUUCUUAUAUUAAUUUCACUUAAUUUCAACAUGUAUUCAUUUAUAAAAGAAAAAUACUUGUCCUGUCACUGCCCUUGGCAAAAAUGAGUUCUUUUUCUCUUUAAAUGUUACUCUUUUGAAUUGUUGUAAUAAAAUGUAAAUUUCAAGCAUAUUGACUUAGAGUAUGAUAAAUCUUUUUUAUAAAGAUGUGAUUAUCAAAAAUGUUAAAUAUUGUAUGUGUCAUUUAUGUACUAGGAUAUGUGAUAUUCAAAUAUAUGCAUCAAAAUUUUAAACCUUCUAUUAAAAUAUGCUAUUUUUGCAUUUGCUGGAAAUUUUUAAUAGCACUUAUUUAUCUUUAGAUAGCCUUCUGUAGAUAUAGCUAGUGUGUGUAUGUUAAUAUAUGUGUAAAUAUAUGCACAAAACUAAGUAGUUUCUCCUCAGCUUUUAAGGUCACAUUAUAAGCAGUUUCCUAGAAUGCAAGAGAGAGCUAAGCGAUUGAAAGCACAUGUAAAUUAGGUUUAGUAUAUAAUAGUGAGUAGAAAUUAAGGAUAACUAAUCCUUGGGCAGUAUGAGUUUAAAAAAAAAAAAAAAAAAAAACUUUCUUAUUUUACUUCUUUUCUGAAGUUUUAUGUCACAAUGUAAAUUAUAUAAGGAUUUUUAAUGACUUCUAAAAAAUUGUAUGAAAUGCUUUUGGAGCCCUUUUACUUGACAUUUUAAUGGUACAUUAACAUUCAGAUAUUUGUCUUCAGAAUCCUUAUAACAUAGGUUAGUAACAACAGUUUUAGAAGAAUGAAUAAAUUUGUAGAUGGAAAUUCAUCCACAUCUGCACCAUUUAAAUUGCCUCUCUAAUCAUAAAUACCAUUGCAUCUGCAUUGUCAAUGUUGAUAAAUUAGUUUUUGAAAAUAUUUCUUUUCAAGCUUAUAGCAAGCAUUUUCUUUCUCUUUUGGCCAAAUAUUGUUUAAUAUUUCUUUCUAAAGAUUGGCACUGUGACUCUAAAAAUUAAAUUUCAUUUUGGUAGCUUUAUUAUGUAUAAAUUUUCUAAUUAAAUUUAGUAAUCAUAUUAUCAUUACUAAAAUUUCUUUGGAACAAGCUGUUUUAUAUUUGAUGCAGUUUCCCUCAAUACAAAUAAAAUCCAUAGCUGCCAACUCUUCUGGUUUUUCAUCACAUCUUUCGGUCUCCUGGUAGAUCACUGAAUCUCCAGGUUUUUAAUUUAAGUCUUUACUAAAAAAAAUUUCCAUGCAAUAAAUGAAACUUAACUAAUGCAAAUUGCAUUUCCCUCUGCUUCUAGUGAUUUUCAGAAUAAUUUUUUGUAUUAAAUUUCAUUUAUUCUGAAUUGUGUUUAUUCUUAUUACAUUUUAUUGAUCUUUCUAUUAUUAAAUUUUAUUAGAUUUUAUUUGUUUUAAUCUAAUGUACGCAUUUGCAGACUUUUAUAUAAAGAUUUAAACAGAGUUUAAUCAGUUAAUAUGAGUAUUUAAUUUUGUUUACUUCAGUAUUUGGUACAUUACUAAAUGAACCCGCUCGAAUAGUAUGGCAUUAAUUAAUAAUUUUUUAUCAUAUUUAAAAAUACUUUAAAAGUUUUUCUUCACUAUUCAGGAUUUUCUCAGUUCAAAAAUUUUAGAAAAUUCUAAAAAUUGAAUAAGCCAAAGAAUAUCCAAGUAAAUGCUAAUAUAUUUUACAUCAGAACUGAAUUAAAAGUAGUUCAGUAACCUGAACCAUGCAUUAUAAAGUGAAUUAAAGUCAGUUUGGGGUGCCCUUGAAAUAGCAUUGCCGCGCAGUGUGAAAACCUCCUGGUUUUUAAGAUUUCAAAGUUGGCAGCUAUGAAAAAUCAUGCCUCAUAAAACUGAAAAUUCAUUGCAUGAAAUAAAAUGAGAAGCAUGCUUAUUUCAAAUGUUCAAAAUUGUGUACUGCUUUUGAUGAAAAAUUAUUUGUUUGGUACUGAUUCUAUGAGUUGAAGAGAAAUUACUUUGCAUUUUUGCAUGUAGAAAGUUGUAAAUAUUUGUUUUUGUUCAAAACUCAAUUUAUUAGUCUUAAUUUUGUCUGAUAUGUAUAGCCAGUACAUAAAAUUUGCUUACCCCACAAGAUAAUUUUCCAUGUAAAUAUUUUAAAUUAUGAAAAUUGUGUAAAACUUGUGUUUCUCAAAUUAUAAAAAAUGUUUUGUACAAUGAUUUUUACAAUAGGUAGUUUUGUGAUGUACAAUUUUGCAUUCUAAACUGCUCAAUUUUGUAAUGAAUCUAAGCUAAUAUCCAAGAUUAACUUUUUACAGUAUUAGUUACUGCUUAUGCAUUUUCCUCAUAUAAUUAAUUGAAAGGGGGGACUCUGCAACUUAUAAAGCAAUAAUAUUGGCAUUAAAGAAAUCAGUGUAUACACUUUUGGGAAAUUUCAUUUUUUGGAAUGCCAUGAAAAUUAUUGCUUUAAAUUAUAUUUUCAUAGCUAUUGUAGAAUAUUUGUCUUAUUGUUGUAAUGUACACGUAAGUGUAAUCUGUAAUUUUCUAUUGUAUUGUGCUUAAAAAGGUGUGUGGUGACUGUGAAUCAUGAACUCAAAACAUCUGCUUAGUAUUAAGGAAUCAGGCUAUUUUUUAAAUCUGUCUAAUACAAUUAACUUUUAAUUUAUUUUAUACGACAGCCACCCUUUUGGUUGAUUUGUUGUGUUUGGUAAUAGAAAUAUUUAAUAUGAUUGUUAACUUUACAUAUAAUAACUCCACAUUAUAUCACAUAUACUAGGAUAGGAUAUUGUAUGGGAUGAGCAAGCUUUGAUCAUAUGUUGAAAGUUGCACUUUCUGUAUCUGCUAUUAAAACAUUUCAGAGUUUAGUGAAUGGUGAUUCUAAAAUUCCAAUUUAUUCCAUUGCAAUAAUUAAUCAUUAAUCAAUUGUUUUAAUAUAGACAUAAUGCCUGUGUUGCAGACCUCUUUCUUAAAAUACAGGGUGUUUUGAAUGUAUCCUCUUUUUUUUUUUUUUUUUUUUUUUUUUUUUUUUUUUUGAGUAAAUAUAUAACUAGAAUUGUCUUGCUUUUCUGUAAGAUAAAUUAUCAGUACAGUCUAGGCUUGCUUAACAAAUGAUAAGCAUAAUAGUAAAUAAAUGUAAAAUUAACUUUGCUGUUAAAAUAAGACAUGUUAUAAGCUGUUCCCUCCUUACAUAAUGUAUAAUCUUUUAUGGACAUUGUGCAUAACAAGCACAAAUAAAUAUUUUGCUUGUAUAACUAUUACACUAUUAAUUAUGUUCCAAUUUCUAUUGGGUAUGUUUCAUUGCUGCAGUCUUGUACAUUGUAUUUUUAAAUUUCUGAAUGCCUUUCUACUGGUUUUCAUAUAGAUUUAAUCAUCCAACAUUUUAUUGAAUUACUUAGAAUGCCAGAAUAUUUUGGUUUUAUAGCUUGCUUCAAGUGGUCUUUGCCUUUUUUUUCCAUCCUGUCUUUGCUUUACACAAACAGGCAGUCGGCAUAAGUUGGAAAUUCCUUUCAUCAGUGAGCUAAUUAAUUGCUUUUGUAACACUUUUAAUAAUGGCUGACUGUGGUAAUACUUUGCUUCAGUAUAGAUUAACAAGGUAAGAAUAAAAAAGAAUUGUAAUGAUAAGCUAAAUGUGUUGUAACUAGAAGAGGAAAGCUGUUGUAAAAAUUUCUAGGGAAUUUUCUUCUUUGUAAGGUUUUCAAAUAUGCUAACUUUUGAAAGCUUUGUUGUGAAAACAGGAUAUGGUAGUCUUAGAGGUUUGGUCAUCAUUUUGGUUGUUUGUCCAACAAGGAAAGGCAGCUGUUACAGUCAUUAAAUAAGUUAAUAUUCUUAUGGCUCUAUUUCUCUGUAUUUAUGAAUACAGUUCCAGUUUUUAUUCUUCGGGUCAUAGAUUUUAAGAAGUUUAAAUUAUUAAUCUAAAGAGUUUUCAGCUGUAAAAUAAGAAAUUCCAUAUCCACAUGAAACAGAGCAUUCAUGAAACAGAAUUUGAAAUUAUGAAUCUGAGAACAAGAUUAAUAGGAAAUUCAAAUAAUUAGUCAUUGGGUGGAAUGAAAUUUUAUCAAAUAUAAGUGGUAGAUAUGUUGGAGAUUCUCUUAAGAACUUAACACUAUUUUUAUAAAUGUCCAAUUAAUGAGUUAGAUAAUUUUCUUUUAAAAUCUUAUUGUUUCUUUUAAAUUCCCUCAUUUUAAGAAGCUGAAGAGAAAAUAUUUAAUUAAGUGAUAUAAUGUGGCUCUUAAAUUUAUAUAUGCAUAUUUUUUCUUCAUUCAUUUUUCAUUCAUAAUUCUUCAAAUUAGCAUUGUUAUACAUUUCUGUAUUUGAUUCCAUUCCUGUCAUCUGACAUUCUGUUUGUAAUUUUGGCUCUAAGCCAAAUUGUCAAGUUCAGUAUUAUAUUCAUGGAAAUAUUCUCAUAGAUUUGCAAAUUUUGCUUUAAAGUGUAUUAAGAGUUCUUAAAAAAUGUUAAAUAUAUUCAUUGUACUAUCUGUGAGAGAAUUAUGUGUAAUAAACAUAAAUUUGAAGUUCAUGAAUACAUGUUCAUUAUGAUCCCUACAUAGUUCUGUAUUACUGAGCUUUUAUGUAAGCCAUUUUUUUAGUCAAUGAAUGUACAAUUUUAAUUAUUUUGAUCAGUUGUGAAGUCAGAAUAUUUUUGUUGUGUAAAUGUCACUUUUUCUUUAUUACGUGUUAAAACCAUUUCAUUACUAUCUUGUUAGUUUUUAGUUGAAUGUUAGAUUUGUGAAUAGUUAUUAUUGAAAAGUAUGCAAAGCAGUCACAUAAAAUUUUGAAUGAUAAUUUUACUGUAUGCUCUGAAAUGUGUUGGUUUAAUACCAAUUAACUGAAAUCUAUUGUUAAAUGUAACAUAUGCAGUUAAUAUAAAUUUUCAAAUGCUUUUAUAUUUUAUAACUUUUGACAGUAAAAGUAUUUAUAUUAGAAUUCUAUGCAAUUUUAAAGUGGAAGUAAAGGAUAAGGAUUUAGUGCAAAUGGCUGCCCUAUUCAGCAUUUAAGACUUUUUUAAAAAAACUAAAUUAAUAUACGAGCCAGUUUUUGUUGCAUAUGAGAAUGUAUUAAAAGUCUGAUUUUUCCGUUUCUAUGUACCCUUUGUUGAAAAUAGGACAAUAUCCCAAGAUCUGUCAAUGUUUCAGAUUCCAGUAACAUAUGGUUUAUGUGGAAGUGCUGGAAAUAGCAGCAAGAAAUUGCUGUAACUUAAAUGCUCAAACAUAUGCUGAAUGCUUAAAUAAUUUUUUGAGUGUCAAGGUGUCUGCACCUAUUUUUGAAAGGAAACUUUGCAUAAACUAAUUUGUUUUUUAAUUUCUUAAAAAAGUUACAUUUAAAUAAACAUUUAUGUGAUUUGUAAUGAAUUUUGAAUAAAUUUCCAUUCUCGUGUCAUGUGUGGCUGCAUAGUAAUCUUUGCCAGCAGCAUGUAGUACAAUUUAUUUCUCUCGAUGUUGAGCUUAGAAGUUGGCGAUAUUAGAAUGAGAAAAAAAUGAGAUUUAAACAUUAUUGUUUGAAGAAAAUAAGUCUUAUAAACUUAGUUUUCUUAAAACGCUUUUUUAAUCAAAUAUAUUUUUAGGGCUGAUUUUGACUUUUGGAUGUGCUGAUAAAAAGAAUUAUCUUGUCAGUGAGUUAAAGCAUUUAUCCUUUACUUCAGAUAAUUCUGGCAUAAAAUAUUUUUAGAAGUAAAUUUAAUAAGGAAAAUUAGUCAGAUUUAUUUUAAAUUUGAGAUCUUUGUUUAAUGUUAAUAGUUGAUAAACUUUGAUUUCUUGCAUUUGCAUACUUUUACCAACCCAAGCUUCCACAAUCAGUUGUUUUUAGAAAAUAUAGAUUUAUAAUGUUGUUAAUAUGUGAAAUAUGCAAUUUUUUUACAUAAUUAUCAUUGUGUGGUACCUUUACCUUGUCAAAACUUAAUAAUUUGUUUGUAUGAGUAAUAUAUUUCUUUAGCUGUUAUAAGCAAAUUGUUAGAAUUCUAUUCAUAUUGUAAAUUUUGAAGUGACUACCUUUAUAGAAAUCUGCUUUAAAGUUACUUUGAAUACGUUUUAUAAAAUUUUUCUUCCAGAUUUCUUGAUUUCUUUCCAGUAAUGUAUUGUUUCUUGUUACUAUUCAUUAUGAAUUAGCUAAAUAUAAUAAAAAUUUGAAAACUGUGGAAGUGCACUUGAAGUGCUCUGGUAUUACACAAGUUAAUUACAAUUCCUUUCAUCAUUAAAUAACAUAUAGUCAAAUUGGUCAGCCAUUUUUUGAUUUAUGAAGUGGAAUCCAAGAUUUGUUGCACUUUGUCUGCCUUUUAAAAGUAGAUGGUAUCCUCUGAGGUCACAUUGAAUGCUGAUUAUAUGAUGCUAAGUGAUGUUAAAUAAAUGUCUGCCUGAAUUAGAAAGUAAUUAGCAUGGCAUCAUUUGUUAUUUGUUGGUAUUAUAUUAAUUCAUCUUAAUUACAGGCAACCUUUUUUGUUGUUUAACAAUAUAUUAAUGCAUAAUAAUAAGCAAAAUAAAAAUGAAGGGUUUAACUAAUCAAAAACAUGUUUAGUUAAAUGGUAGCCAGCCUGAAGGAAACUGGGAGGAAAUAGUUCAGUUCUCUUUGCAAAAAGCACUUCACAGAUCUUCAGUAUGAUCCAAAAAAUCCUUAGUAAAAGUGAUUAAAACGUUUGAUUUAUAAAGUUUAACUCUUUGACAACAAAUGAUAUGCAUAUGUCCCACUAAAAGUUUUAAAAAUUCAAAAUAUAAAAGUCAAAAAGUACUUAGGAACUCACGUAUCCCAUUUGUAGAAUCAAACCAGUUGUGUACGUUUCAUCUUUUGUUUUCAGUUAGCAUUAAAUAUUUUCCCACGAAUGCCUUUUUUUCCCCUUUUUAAUUCGUAGUCAAAGGAUUAAGUAUGUAGCACUAGAAGGAAUUUUCACCCAAAUUUUAAAGCAUUUUAAGUUUUGUAUACAUAAAAAUGCAAUUUCCUGCCUUUUUUUCUUCAAAUAGUUAAAAUUAUAAAAUCAGAUAUUUAUUAUACAGUAGUGAAAUUCACUUAAUUUGAUCCAUGUUUUUCCUUCAGUUAAUUAAGUAAUAUGGUCUGUUAAGGGAUACUUUUAAAUGCAUUUUGUAAUUUAAGCAAAAUAAAGCAGUUCAGAACUAUAUUAUGCCUCUUUAUGAAGAAUUAGAGACUUAUUAAACUUUUGUUCUGUGUCUUUAGUAAAAAUAUGAUGAUAGAAUAUUACGAUAGUAAAUUAUAAUACAAUGAUAGUAAAAUACGAUGAUAAGAUCUUACUAAUAGAAUAAAGAUCUAUAAAGGUAGUCAUUUUACUGUAUUUUUUUUUGGACUUCUUAUUUUUAGAUUUGUUAUUGUUUUAUGUGGUAGAUAUGUUCAUUUAUUUACCACUGAUCUUAGGGCAGCUUUUGUCGAUGGUUGUGCCACAAAAUUUUUUAUUGGCCUCAAUCAUUUUAUUAAUAAAGAUGUAAUUUUGUGAAAUAUUGUCAUUUCUGUUAUGGAAGUAAGUAUAAUAAUGGUUUAUUUCUGAAAUUUGAGAAGAAAAUUGUUAAAAUUAAAUGCUAUUAGAAAUUUUUAUAUCAUUCAUUACUGUCCUGCUUUAUAGGAAAUCAAAUAUGUGGUUAACUGUCCAGGAUUGAUAUUUGGCAUUUGUAUUGCUGAGCUACUAGAAUCCAUACUGAAAAAUGUAACAUAUAAGCUAAUGUUUACAGAAGGAAGCAUUUAAAAAUAUAAAUUAUUUUAUUAAACUAAUACCUUCUUGAAAGAAUAUCAUUGCAAUAUGAAAAAACAUAUAUAUUUAUCUCCCGUAUAAAUUGUUUUUAAAAAUACGAAUAUGAGUAGUAUAAUUUUCAGUAAGUAUUUUGGGUUUUAUUAGGGAAAUAAUGGCAAUCAUGUUUGCAUUACUUUUUCAGUGAAAUUUAGAAUACUUUAUAUUUAGAUGUGUUAUAAAAAUAUUUUAAUAGUUGUGAUUGUGAAAAUUAAAUUGUGUGCCAAAAAUGUUGACAACUGCUGGCUAGACAUGUAUUUGUUUAUUGUUUUAGGAUCUAUGUAUUGUCUUAGAGCUAAAUUAACCAAAGCAUGAUCAUUGAUUUUGUUCCAUUUGUAUACCAGAUGUCUUAUUUUUUAUCUUAAUCCAGGUAUUUAAUAUGUUUCGUAUCUAUAUUUUUCCAUUAGGAUAUGGAAAAUGUUAUUUUUGUUGCAUAUUUAUUGUUUGUUUCAAAUAUUAGGGGCAUUUUAUUUCUUAUUUGUUAUAGUUUAUGCAUAAAUUCUUAUUUGUAAUAAAUUUUAUUGCAUAAUUUAGUUUAUUGUUACAUUGAAGACUUUUUUUGUUGUUUAUUAUGUUCAGUUUUCCAACAUUUAGUGAGGCGUCAACAAAUUACUCCACUUGUUAGAAUAUUUUUACAUAACCUCUGUGUGAUGAUAUGCAUUAUGUGUACCAAAAAAAUGUUAAUACUUAAAGCUCUGUGCACAAGUCUGCUUUCCUUUAACUUACAAUUAUGAAAAACUGUGGUAUAAAAAAAAUUAAAUGUGUGUUGGAAAUUGAUUUUAGACUGAUAUGCAAGCAUCAUAAUGUAUGUACAUUAGUAGGCAAAAAUAUCUAUUUUUAUAUAAAUAUUUAUAUAUGUAUUUAAGAAAAUAGCAAAAUUAUGUAAGGUUUCAAGACUUGUUGAACUAAAUACCUUCAGCACCUUUGAGCAAGAUGAAAGUUGUUUCACCGUCCAACAUUUGGCAUUUGUAAUAACUUUUUUUAAGAUGUAGAUCAGUUUUAUAUUAUUCUUAUUAAAGUAUUCCUGCAGGAAAAAAUGUAAGGAAAUUAUCUUUAUAAAAAUAUGUGUUGAGAAAGAUCCUUUGCAAUAAUUAAAUAACUGAUAAAAAUAUGAAAUUUUGUAUGUCAUCUUAUUAACAUUGAUUUCUAAUUAUUCCACAUAUAAAAUUUGAGGAUCAUACAUAGAGAAAGUUUCGUUGUGUAAACUUUCAUACCUAAUGCGAUGUAUUUUCUUUCUGAAAAAAGAUGGCGCUCUAAAAACAGGAAAAAAAAUGUGUGGUGAAAAUAUCAGAAUUCAAAUGCUAAGACUGUGAUUUUAAAUUAUCAAUAUUGAAUGUACAUUUUUGCCACUGACGAACUUGAAGUGAAUAGGACAUUGUUUUAAUGCCAUAAUUUUAUUUAUAAAUUUUUGUGUCACAGUGUAAUAUUUGUAACCUUUUGAUGGUCAUCAUUACAAAUUUACAACUUAACAUGUUGGGAAGAAAGAAUUGCUUAAUCUAACAACUGCCGAAGUGUUAAGCAUUAUUUUAAACGGUGACAUUGUUUUGGCUAGGAUGACUUAAACUGUUUCAUUUGUAAUAUGUUUUCUUAAUUUGACUUCUUAGGGGAAUGCAUUAAUUAAAGAAAAAAAUUUAAAGCAUUUUAUAGUUUAGCUCAUAUUAAAUGCAAACAUAUUUCAAAUUGUCUACUUUUUUCCUGUUAAAAUAAAAUCUGAAUUAAGUUUUUAUGAAAA